AUGUCUUCUCUCAACAUUGCGACUCUGCCGCGCAUUAAUCGUGAUGCCCUAGCCGCUCAGCUUAAAGCCGGCACCACCCCCGCCAAGCUAGCAAUCAUCGACGUCCGUGAUUCAGAUCACGUUGGUGGACACAUUCGCUCUUCAACCUGGGUUCCCAGCUCCACUCUUGAUGUCCGCAUGCCGGAGCUCGUGCGAACUCUCAAGGAUACCGAGAAGGUUAUCUUCCACUGCGCACUCAGCCAGCAGCGUGGCCCCUCUGCUGCUCUUCGCUACGCCCGUGAGCGUGAAAGUGCCCUUGGUGCUGAAGAGAGCCGGAAACAGCUGAUUUGUGUCCUCGAGGGUGGCUUUGUGGAAUGGCAGGACAAGUAUGGCAAGGAUGAAACCCUGACAGAGUCCUAUGUGGAAGAUAUCUGGCAGGAGUACUAG